AUGGAUAUAUUUAUCAAAUUAAAUUCUCAAACUGCAGGAAAAGACAAAAUUGCAAGAUUGGUUCAGUACUUUUGCCGAGCUAUGUGGCAUUAUUUUCAAAAAAGACAAUUUAAUCCAUACACAGUUGAUAAAUUAAAAUCAUUAGAAUAUACUUUAAGCACAUUUCGCAAAUGUAAGUCGAAUGUUAUUAAAUUAGGAAAAUGUUUGGAAGUUUUUUAUGCAGCAUAUAAAUCGAUUCAUUAUGAAAACGUCACAAUUAAAUUAACGAGUACUCUGUCGAAAAUAUCGAAUGCCCUGUAUUUAAUUUGCGAUCAUUUAUUAUGGAUAGGAAGGUCAGGUUUAGCAAGUGUUAAUACGAGUAAAUGGUCACAAAUUUCAAAUAAAUAUUGGCUUUAUUCUAUCCUAAUGAAUUUAGUCAGAGAUAUUUAUGAAGUAACCAAAGUCAUUGAAAAAGAGAGUUUCAGGCUUAAAUUUAGUGGUAAAACAAUACCUCUUAAAAAUAAUAUAAAAAAACAAAUUAUUUUAUUCGCAUCUAUAUUUAUUAACGAUCAUAAAGAUGUCCUUUGGGAUUUUAUUAAAAAUGGGUGUGAUGUUUGGAUUCCUAUGACAGCAUUAGGUUAUACAAAAUUUAAACCUGGUACAAUUGGGUUUUUAGGUACUAUUUCAUCCAUAGCUGGAUUGAUAAGUAUAAUUAAUCCAAGGGCAAAACUUGUUCCAUGA